AUGCAUCGAUUCCGCAAGUGGUCUGAUCCAAGGAAGAGUGCUGUACCGGAGAACGCUAGGAAUAUUCCUAGGGACAGAAGUCAGCAGGCGCCAGAAGUCCCAGCCUUACCACCGCCCAGCGACUUUCGCACUUCGCUCAUCCUACCCGACCUUUCUCGUCGUUUCUCCUUAUUGCGCACCUCGACUGGUGACUUUGUCCCGCUGGACGACUUACGGAGUAAAUUCGCUGAGCAACGUGCGCGAGGAAGUGAGAACGCCAUCAGCCAGGAGGAGGAGGAUAUGUUACUCGCGACACUUGGUCGUCUCCGUCAAAAGACCUCCAUCACUUCCUCUUCAUCGCUCGGAGGAGGCGAAUCAGGCUAUAACUCCAGCCAGUCAAACUCCGUCCGUUCGAGUGAUAUCACUGUCAGCUCGUCGGCUGGCAGCUUCACUUCGCGCGCAAACAGGAGGAGGAGCAACAACUUGUUUGGAAGUGGGCGGUUUGCGGAUGAGGCGUAUCUUCGACACGCGCAGAAGGAGAGAAAGGGUUCAACGCAGAGCAGUGUCCUCUCUGGAGCUGGCUCGCGCUCUGGAUCAGAUGCGACGAGCAGCACGUACAAGAACACGGACUCUGCGGUAGAGGGCACAGCAGUAGAGGGUGCGGCUCUCGAACGUACUCUCAGCAAGAUGCUACCCCGCAACCAACUCCAUCGUGCGAGUAUGGCGCUCGACGAGGUUAUCAGGGAGAUUGAAGAGGAAGCCGAAGACGGCGAGGAUGAAGGCGAUGAUAAAGUGCUUGUCCCGCGCUCUCCCAUUGAUGCACGUACUGCUGCGUCUGUCACCGCCACGGCGUAUACGUCGGAAGACCGCUCGACGCCCUCGCCCUACCCGCGUUCAAGCGACGCUUCCCCUACGCCUCGUUUACCCGGGUAUAUCCCCGGCAUGCCGCGACCGAUGACGCCGAGGGAUUGGGAGGAUGGAGCAUAUGAUAGCGCCACACCGCGGGCGACGUCUCCGCAGAACAACGGGCCUCUUGGAUCGCUGAGACGUGACGCUACAGCACGCGCCGCGAGUCCUUUGAUGCUUAGCGCGUUCAUGCCUAUACCCGCCAACGGUCAUCGGGACUCAGACAACGAGCUGGGCUACUCAAAUGGCCGGCAGACGCCGGACGCCACAGUGCGCGCGCGAGGGCACGCACGGCACGAUAGUGCCCUCUCAUCUUCGUCUGGUCCUGGAGCCGAACCGGACGACUCGUUCAUGGACUUUGGGACCCCUCCCGACGCGUCAAUCUUGGGCGACCGCAUGCGUCCUAAAUCGCCCUUUGCAGGCGGCUCGCGACCGUCUACGCCAUCUAACAUCACUUGGCGUACACCUGCGAGUCCUGCGUCGUCAUCGUUCGUGCCGGGGCAUAGCAGGAACGGCAGCGCAGCAUCCGACGUGAGCUCGAACGCAGCGGCUGUAUACGGGCGCAGAAGGAGCGGAAGUGUACAGGGCUAUAACAACUUCACUUACUCCGAGCCUGUCGAACGUGCUACGUCGCCCUUAGGGGCAAGAUCCCUCCGCUCACCGCCAUUACCUGACUCGCCCACCGGAGGCGCGGCGUUCGCCCCGUUUGCUGCACCUGACCCAAGGAGACCGCCGAGUGUCAACUCAGGUUUGGAGUUGGGCAGUCCGGCUGCACUUGUACAUAGGCAAUUGCGCUCGCCUACGCCGACGAACGCGAAUGCCGUCAUCAAUGUAGCCCCGCUGAGACCGAGAAGUCCAGCGUCCCCUAUCCGGCCACGAUCACCAGCUUCGCCCGUAGGACGUUCACCAGCCUCGCCCGUCUACUCGGAUUUCGGCGUCGAUAGAAGCGCAAACAACUCCCGCGCAUCCUCUCGCGCUGGUCAGUAUGCGCUGAGGAAUGGAGGAGGCUUCUCGUUGAACCAAGGCCCGCAUGCAUUAUUGUUGAGUCCGACGUUUGGGAAUAGUUCGAGGGAGAGUUUGGAGAGUACGGGGAGCAGUUAUCAUUCGAGGUCAGGGUCGGGAGACAAGGCGAAGGACGGGUUUGGAAGUGGGAUUGGGGAGGGAUUAUUGAGCGCUAUGGAGCCUUUGAGGCCGCAGUGGCAUGAACUUGAGGUCACGCCGUCCACAUCUACCUCAACGUCUUCCGGUCUUGGAUUAGGCCUCGGAAUCAGCAUCGGCAACGUCGGAAAUGGAGACGUGGGAACGAUGAGUGCCGAACAAGCCGAGGAACAUAUCAGACGGCUCGCGGGGUUGACGAGGGGAGAUUUUGUCAAGAUGCAGGAGAGGCUGGUUGGGCAUGCGAAUGCCAAUGAGGUGCAUAGAGAGAGAAGGGACUCCUUAAAGAGGAGGAGGAGAAGUUUGAGUGCCAGUCAAAGUUCGGCGCCUAAGUUCGCUGAGGCAGCGCCGGAGCCCAUGCGCGUGAUGUCUCCGAUUGAUCCUCGGGCGAAUGCUCUUCUCGAAUCUCUGGUGGAUGACAGGAAGCCCGUGCGACCCUCAGAACCACCUACCAUAUCGGUCACACUUCCAGUCACACAGCAACGUUCAAUAUCGCCUUCGCCGUCACUCGCUUCCAGCCCUAGUCUAAAGCGUCGCCGCGCCGCCCUCGCCGACGCUUUGUUUGGUGGGACGGAGUUCGAUGACUCGCGCGACGUGGUGUCUCCAUUACAGCCGUCGCCUUCAAUCCUACCUCUUUCCCUCGAAGGCCAACGAUCUGCUUCGCGCUCACCAGACAUUGAGCGCCGUGAGCCACGUUCGCCUGACUUCCAGCCUGCUGUAAUCUCGCCUUCCGACCCUGCACCAGACAGCCAUACUUUACUGUCUUCGCAAGCAGAAGAAGUCAACGCGGAACGCUCGCCCGUCUUUGCUCGGUAUGAGCGUCCCUCGAGCCCGGCUACGCCACAGCGUUCAGAACGGACUUUACGGUCCCCUAUCACCGCACAGCACGAUCGCGAGGUGUUGAGCUCUCCAACGAAGCAGUCGCCCCCCUUCGCGCAUCAGCAGUACGAUCCGGUCUCGCCUUCGGCUUCUUCUCCCGCACUACCCCUGGGCAACCCUACUGAGCUCGCGCUCGAGGUGCAGCGCCGAACCGAUGUCGCCAUGGCCAUGAUAAACAAGAGCCCUUCCAGUCCACAUCUUCCCGAACAGCCGCAUAUUACACCCAAGAAACGCAUCGACGUCAACUCGAUCUCGCGGCCACAAUUGAAAUGGGCCUCGACGAGCGUCGAGACAAUACCGAUCCCGCAGAACGCUGUGACUUCUCCUUCUCCCGUGCCGGCCUCCGCGUCAACCUCCGCGUCCAUGUCCGCGGCGACUGGCUCAAAGCUCGGCGGGAGAUUCAAGAAACUUCGCGGUACCUUGCGCGCGAAGCCAGUAGUGCCCACUGGCGAAGAAGUCUCGCCGUUCACACUGAUGACGCCUGGACCCACCUCUGCAUCUGCUUCUGCAUCUCUUGCCUCGCCUUCGGCACAGUCCAUCAUGUAUAACCCUGGACAACUUGCGCCAUCUGCACCUUCCGUACCGCAAUCGGCACGCGCUGCCGACUUCGACGAUCGUCUUCAAGGGUACUCGGUCACCACGCCUCCUGCUUCUGCGGGACCAGGGCUGAAGGGCUUUAUGUCCCGCUUCCGCAAGAAGAGUCUUCACGAGUCCGCGGAGUCCGAGUCCCUCAAUGCUCGGGCUGCAGCACAGUAUGGAGCCAACACUGUGGGCCGAGUCGGAGGCGCACCAACGCAUCUCGCUCCCGGUCGCCCGACACAGGUGCAGAUGAACAUCAGUCAGGAGGUGCACUCUGCGCCGGCGCACAAGCCCGCGUUCUCUUCCGACUCUACUUCCGCUUCGUCCUCGGCCCCUCGGCGUAGCUCUUCCAUGCGCGUUACGGGUCGUGGCUCCAGUGAGGCGUCGCUCAGCCGAAGCGCGACCAUGCGCGCGGCAAUGAUGACUUCGCCUCACGGUCGUGUGACACCCUCGCCGGUGGCUGAAGAUGACUACUCGCCUCGGGAGCAGGAGCAGGAGCAGCCGGGCAACGACCAGGCGGCACUGAGGCAGCUCUUCGAUGCGGCCUCCAAUCUGGGACUCGACCAAGACGCGCUGUCGGAUCUUCUUUCGCGCUCGACUUCUCUCUCUACGAAACGGACAACGGGUGCCUCCAAAGCUCCGAAGCAUGUGUCCGGCCAAUCUUGGGUCGACCCCUCGCGCGCUACCUCGCCGUUUGCAGCAUCCGCCCGUGCAAUGUCUCCCGUCUCAGACAGCGGCCGUCAGAGUCUGGACCAGACUGUGCGUAUGCCGCUUCAGCAGACGGCCAAGCCCGAAGCUAGCCCCGCACAAAACCCUGUUGUUCGCAAGCAAGCUGCUCGUAAAUCAGCCACGCCAACUGAGGCAUCGCGACGUAGCACCGUCGUACGGCGCACGAUCAUCAUGCCUUCCGAUCUGCAAAGUCUAAAGGAGUUGCGUCAGUCCACGUUCGGCGGAUCAGGUAGCCCUCAGCCCCCGCUCCCCACGCGCAAGGGUUCGACGCGCAGUCGCAGGCGCUCCGCUGGUGCGGCUUCCGUGCUGUCGCCUUCUGUUCACGAUCGCGUGCCGACGCCGCCCCCGCCAAAGUCGCCGACAGGCAUGCGAUUCUCAACGGACUCGUCGCCGCCUCUGCCUCAGAUGCCCUUCUCGGUACCCCAGCGUGCAGACUCGUCGGGCUUCCUCGCACCCCCACAGCCUAUCGAAAAGUCAAACUCGACAUACGACUCACUAUAUGAUAUGUAUACGAGCGAUAGCAAGCCCACGAUCUUGACGGUCGACACCGACCCUGACACGUCGGGUGGUAGUCUAGGCCUCGACGCACUCAAUAACCUCGAGCCUGGCUCAGCGGUGGAAGUAUUGGAGAUGGCGAACGGCGAGACUGUCUGGUCGAUCGUCAAUGGUCUACGAGACCCUGACGCACUUGAUGCUGAAGAGGCCUUCUAUGGCAAUCGGGCCAGUUUCAUGUCAGAGUACUCGAUGCGCGAUGAUGAGGGCGUACAAGUUUACUUCAAGGAACAUGCUCGCAAAGGAUCAAAGGACAGUGCGAGCUCGUUCCUCUCGCGCCAUAAAGCACAACAAGAACCGUCCAAACGGCCCGAGACAAAGGUCUUCUACAGUUCUACGGCACAGAUCGGCCGCCUCAUUGAGAACCUGUCAUCUGGCUUGGGCGUCGACUCUGGCUCAUUCAACAUCGUACCUGGCCCUGGUGCACCUCGCUCGUACCACUCGGAGUCUUCUGCCAACUGGACAGUUGAGGAGCGUAUUGAACGUAUGCUUGCUUCUAACAGUAACUACUGA